ACAUUUUUACAGUUUUAAUUGAAAUAGUAAUAUCAGAUACAGAUUUUUUUAUUAAAAGAUUUUGAUAAACAAAAUAAUCUUACGUUAAAUAUCAACGGACAGCGUCAUUGGUAUCAAAUACUCUCUGGUACGUGGUUCCCGUUUUAAUCAUACAUCCUUAAGUUUGAAGAAGAAACAUUUAAUUACAUCUUAAUUGCGCCUUUAAAUUGUACCAAGGGCGAAUAUAUGUCCAAUUUUACUUAGUUCUAUGCAACCGUUGCCCGUGCAGGGUGCAUUUUAAAAGAUUGCAUACUGAUAAAUCCCAAAUUGUUUGAAGUCCAACAACCGGUGACAAAGACUUUUAAGUACCUGUUGCUGUGGUGUGCGCUGACUUUCAAACUUUUCGAAUUGAUUGUGAAGAUGUCAAACAUUAUACUUAGAGCUGUUGUAGUAGACCGGCAGGUAUUCGUAAGGCACAAACGAAAGUGUAACUACUUCACUUUAUCUCUUUUUGCCCUAAGUUACAUAGUAUACCUUAAGUACACUUUAGGCCCAAAUUUUUCACUCACAAAGUGGGAUUGGAAGGAUGAUAUAAGCUGUUACUUAGAUACCAAUGAUAAUUUAUCUACUAUCACAGCAUUAAAUCCGACCGGUCGAUCGAUAUUCUUCAGUGAUCCCUCGUGCAACGUUCGCAUUUUUCAUCCAAAGGAUGCCUGCUCUAUUGAAUCCGCCGCGAGGGCGCACUGGAAUUGGCCGAUCUAUGUUCUUUUCAACAGUCCCGUUACGAAGGAAGAACUAAAAAAGAAUGACGUAUUGAAUGUCCUCAUGAAGCUUCCAAACAUAAAAUUCGCUCGAGUAAACAUUGAGGAAUUUUCUAUGGGCACACCUGCAGAAGGAUUCGUAUCAAGUGGAGCUUUAAAUGAUAGCGAAUGCCCUAUAGCCCUCACGGGAGGUCUGGUGAAAUAUCUAACGCUUUACAAAUGGGGAGGGAUUUUCAUGGAUAAAGACUUUAUAGUGACGAAGUCGUUGAGCUCAUUACCUCGGAAUUGGGUUCCAAAGUCUGAUGAUCAAUCCAUAGGUUCUGGUAUACUUGCAAUCUCUAAAGAAGGGCGAUCUAUUGCUGAAGCCGCGCUAAGAUUACUCAUAAAACAUCACAGAAAUUUAGACUGUACAAAUGGAGAAAAUGUAAUGGCCAAGAUUGUAGAGCAAGAAUGUUCUACGCCUAAUCCUAUCAGCAAUGCUGCAAUCUCCUGCAACGGAUUUGAAAUCUACGGCCCGCAGUUCUUCUAUCCAAUAGAAAGCCAACGUGUAAUAGAGUAUAACGAGCCUGGCGAAUUGCAGGGAUACGAGACAGCUUACACAUUUUAUCUCUGGAGUAAGAUGAGAAUCGGCACAGGAUUAAGAAAACGAAUCGGAUCGCGUUUCAGCAAGCUCACUAGGAAACACUGUCCCGCUAUUUAUCAAGCGUUUGCUUAUAAAUUUUAAGUGUUGUAAUUAAUUUUACAGAUACAUUGACUGGAAAAUGUUUUAAGAUAAGUUCGUGGCCUCUUUCGAGGAGACUUCGUUCGAUUAAGCUUUAAUUUAAGACAAUUAUUUUUGCUCAAUUAGAAUUCAUCGUUUCAUUGACGUUUCUAGUUUUUACUGAUUAAACAAAAAAAGGGUUAUAUCUUAAUAAUAGGAUUAUUUAUGUCGAGUGAUAUUUGUGAAGGUUAAUAUAUGUAUAAACAAAUAUAUAGGUACUAACCACCAUAAG